GCACGAUGUGGGCUGGCGAGACGUGAGCCCGACGCCUCUCCGAUGUUGGAUAUUUGCUUGGAAAAACCUGUGGGGACGACCUUGGCUGCCCCCAAGUGCAGCUCCGGCGCUGUGACGGCUCAAGAGUUGGCAGAGGGCACCGAGGGGACCAUGAAAAUGGACAUGGAGGACGCGGACAUGACUCUGUGGACAGAGACUGAGUUUGAGGAGAAGUGCACGUACAUCGUGAAUGACCACCCCUGGGAGUCUGGCCCCGAGGGGGGAACCGCUGUGCAGGCCGAGGCGUCCUUGCCCAGGAAUCUGCUCUUCAAGUACUCCAGCAACAGCAAAGAGGUUAUUGGCGUCGUGAGUAAGGAGUACAUCCCGAAGGGCACACGAUUUGGGCCCUUAAUAGGAGAAAUCUACACCAAUGAUACAGUUCCCAAGAAUGCCAACAGGAAAUAUUUUUGGCGGAUCUAUUCCAGAGGGGAGCUCCACCACUUCAUCGACGGCUUUAAUGAGGAGAAAAGCAACUGGAUGCGCUACGUGAAUCCGGCGCACUCUGCCCGGGAGCAAAACCUGGCUGCGUGUCAGAACGGGAUGAAUGUCUACUUUUACACCAUUAAGCCUAUCCCUGCCAGCCAGGAACUCCUUGUGUGGUAUUGUCGGGACUUCGCGGGAAGGCUGCACUACCCUUAUCCUGGAGAGCUGACAGUGAUGAAUCUCACACAAACGCCAAGCAACCCAAAGCAGCCGAGCACUGAGAAUGAACUCUGCCCCAAGAGUGUCCCAAAGAGAGAGCACAGCGUGAAGGAAAUCCUCAAGCUGGACUCGAACCCCUGCAAAGGCAAGGACCUCUACCGUUCCAGCAUCUCCCCGCUCGCUUUCGAGAAGGACGCCGAGGGCUUCCGAACAAACGGGAGCCCCGACGUGCCCUUCUACCCCCGGGUGGUCUACCCGAUCCGUGCCCCUCUCCCUGAAGACUUUCUCAAAGCCUCACUGGCCUACGGGAUGGAGAGACCCACCUACAUCACUCACUCCCCCAUCCCAUCAUCCACGACGCCGAGCCCCUCGGCCGGAAGCAGCCCCGACCCAAGCCUCAAGAGCUCCAGCCCCCACAGCAGCCCGGGCAACACUGUGUCCCCGCUGGCUCCCGGCUCCCAAGACCUCCGGGACUCCUACACUUACUUGAACACACCCUACGGCGCCAGCGAAGGUUUGGGCUCCUACCCGGGCUAUGCGCCCGGCCCACACCUGCCACCAGCCUUCAUCCCCUCUUACAACGCUCACUACCCCAAGUUCCUGCUCCCGCCUUAUGGCAUGAAUUGUAACGGCCUGAGCGCCGUGAGCAACAUCAGUGGCAUCAGCAACUUCGGCCUCUUCCCGAGGCUGUACCCCGUCUACAGUAACCUCCUGGGUGGGGGGAACCUGCCGCACCCCAUGCUUGCCCCAGCGUCUCUCCCGAGCUCACUGCCCUCCGAGGGAGCCCGGGGAUUGCUGCAGCCCGAGCACCCGCGAGAGGUGCUCGUCCCGGCCCCCCACAGUGCCUUUUCCCUCACCGGGGCGGCCGCCAGCAUGAAGGACAAGACAUGCAGCCCCACCAGCGGCUCUCCAACAGCAGGCACCGCGGCCACGUCCGAACACGUGGUACAACCCAAAGCUACCUCAGCAGCCAUGGUGGCCCCGGGUGGGGGCGGGGGCGGCGGCGGCGGGGGUGGUGACGAAGCCAUGAAUCUCAUCAAGAACAAGAGGAACAUGACCGGCUACAAGACGCUGCCCUACCCACUGAAGAAGCAGAAUGGCAAGAUUAAGUACGAGUGCAACGUGUGUGCCAAGACGUUCGGGCAGCUCUCGAAUCUAAAGGUCCAUCUGAGAGUGCACAGCGGCGAACGGCCUUUCAAAUGUCAGACGUGCAACAAGGGCUUCACCCAGCUCGCCCACCUGCAGAAACACUACCUGGUGCACACGGGAGAAAAGCCACAUGAAUGCCAGGUCUGCCACAAGCGAUUUAGCAGCACCAGCAAUCUAAAGACGCACUUGCGACUGCACUCUGGGGAGAAACCUUACCAGUGCAAGGUGUGCCCUGCCAAGUUCACCCAGUUCGUGCACCUGAAGCUGCAUAAGCGCCUCCACACCCGGGAGCGGCCCCACAAGUGUGCCCAGUGCCAGAAGAGCUACAUCCAUCUCUGCAGCCUGAGGGUCCACCUGAAGGGCAACUGCCCCAUGGCCCCCGCCACCGGGCUGCCCUUGGAGGAUCUGACGCGAAUCAACGAAGAGAUCGAGAAGUUCGACAUCAGCGACAACGCGGACCGGCUCGAGGACGUGGAGGACAGCGUGGACGUGACCUCCGUGGUGGAGAAGGAAAUUCUGGCCGUGGUCAGCAAAGAGAAAGAGGAAACUGGCCUGAAAGUGUCUUUGCAAAGAAAUGUGGGGAGCGGACUCCUGUCCUCGGGGUGUGGUCUGUAUGAGUCAUCCGAGCUGACGCUCCUGAAGCUGCCUCGCACCAACCCACUACCUCUGGUACCGGUAAAGGUCAAACAAGAAACAGUGGAACCCGUGGAUCCUUAAGAUUUUCGGAGACCACGUGUCUGUCGUGUGUUGUUCUCAAGUUAGGACUGGGCGAGCCGGGGUGGCCUGCAGCCAGCGGCCUGUACAUACUUACACAAUUCUGCAGAGCGCGCCGCACGGGGCAUCCCCUCACCUCUCUGGAAUUAACGAAAGAACUCCAAAGUUACUGAAAUCUCAGGGCAUACAAAGAGGCAAAGACAAUAUAUAUAUACAUAUUAUAUAUAUAUAUAUAUAUACUUAUUUACACCCACGUCUAUAUAUUUGAACCCGUGUAUUUUGAAUAUUUGUGUGGAUACAUUUUGCAUAGCCUUCCUAUUACUAAGACUAUUGCCUAGCCAUAAUUAUUUUUUCAAUGAUUAUCCUUCAUAAUUUAUUAUACAAUUUAUCAUUCAAAAAGCAAUAAUUAAAAAAAAAAGGUUUACAAUGACUGGAAAGACUGCUUGUAAUUGGAGUAUAAAUGUUGUAUUUUUGUCCUGUGGCCAUUCUUUGUAGAUAAUUUCUGCACAGGUGUUUUUAAGUACCUAAGAUUGAGUCAAGAAAUUUGUGACUUCAGUCAGCCUUUCUCCAUAAUAAUGAUUUGACAUGAGGUCUUCAGGUCUUGGUGUUGCCAAAGUUGGACAGUUGAUGUGUUAACUGAUGGGAUUGUACCAUUUGAGCAACCUUGUAUCACGUUGGGGAUAUGUGUACAGAAUGACCCAGUGAUAACUUGAGUACAAAGAGCUAAGAAAGGGAAUGGCGUAUGUUUCGGUGGAGAGUUUAUAUUUGACGAGGAAGGAGACAGGAGGGCUUCGCCAGCCUGUCCCUCCCCGACCCCCAAGCCCUGUGACUGUGCCGCUUGGCCACGUGAUGUUACUAUCUGAAAAUGUGAAGGAGCCAAAAUGCCAUGGGUAAAUCCACUGCGAAACUCGCCCAAAGCACAGGUGGCUUUGUGUGUGAGGUCUGGGGGAGGGGGGUGUUUUGUUGUUGGUUUUUAUUUUGUUUUGAAGUCCAAACUGCACCAGUGUGGUGCUCUACCGGGAGGGACUUGACAUCCUCGGGCUCACAGCCACACUUGUAAGAGCAAACACACAGAGAAAAACGGGUAAAAGCCGGUUCAUGAGCGUUCCUAUCCCCAACGCAUCAGUUGCAUUUUUCUGUCAAACUCUGAUUCUCCUCAGUAUUUGUGUUUUUCCAUUUUAUGGUUAAUUUAAUUGAAGAUGAAAGGGCAUUGCAAAGUUGUUCAACAACAGUUACCUCAUUGAGUGUGUCCAGUAGUGCAGGAAACCAUGUCUUACCUAGUGAUUUGCUACUCUCCUAGAGGAGCCCAGUCCGUGUGCUCAGCAGAGGUGGACUGCAUGUCAUUCCGUCUCUCUCAUUCUGCCAAGCCCAAAGCCUACGUGUUGGCAUUCAAGGUGUAGCAAAGAAUGAUGUGUAUUUAUAAAUCUAUUUAUACCGCUCUACCGUGUAUAUAUAUAAUAUAUUUAUGACCACUUAAGUUGUGAGCCAAGCCAUGUAAAAGGCCCUGCUUUUCCUAAAGGCGAGAAGAAAACUCCUUUCUGAGACUGUGCUGAAUACUUGAGCGACCUCCCAGUUGCAUCACUCAUGCUUGGACACCCCCCUCCCCCUUGCCUGUUGCAGUGAGACCUGAAAACCUGGUGCCGAGGUGGGGACCACAUCCCAAACCAGGGAGAAAGGAAUAGAUCACCUUGUGGGAUUGAGGGUCAUCUAAGACAGCUUUAUUUCUGUUCUGUCACCUCCCCAUUCUGUGGUCACACCCAAGUCGCAGAAAGAAAACUCUCCCAAUUCCUUCUCCCACCACUGUCGCAUCUCUGUAGUCCUAUCCCUCUUGGCUAUGCACUGAUCCGUCACUAUGCGGUCCACUUUAUGUGUUUGUUCAGGUCACUUUGUGUCAACCUGCAGAAGUUGACAACAAUCUUGAGUAAUCCAGGGAAACCCAAAGCCUUAUUGAUCAGUCCCUGUAGCCGGCACCACUGACAAGUUAGAUGUCGGUGUUUGACAAACCAAAGCUUCACAGUGACAGUGACACCAAACGCUUUGUAUUCCCACUCCUCUUUUGCUCUCUUCCAUCCUUUUGUGCUUGCUUUAUUUGAGGAUUUUUAUAAAGUCUUCUUGCUUCUCUUAACCAUCUUAGGCCUCUUGCAUGUGAGUGUUGAGCCCACAGUCAACAGUGGUUUUACUUUCUUCCUCUACUCAAAGUUAAAACUGACCAAAGUUAUUGGCUUUUUACUUUGCUAGAACAACAACCUAUCUUAUGUUUACGUACUGGUUUACAUUGUUAUUUAUGUGCAAAUUGUCAAAAUGUAAAUUAAAUAUA